CUUAUGAGGAACACUAGUCAAAAUCAGCAUUUUUAUAUGUAAUUAAACGCGUCUUUGAUUAAGUGUGAAUUGCAUAAAGCCAUCUCGCAAAAAAAAAUGUAAAAAGUGUUUCAUUUAGUCAAGUAUUUCAGUAACUAGUGUUCACUGUGGUUUUAUAGUCAGUCUUUCCUCUUUUGCCCGAGCACAGUGUCCUGUGACAAUAUUACUGAGUCUCAUGCACUUCCUUUUCAGACUGAAAGAUGAGAGCCAGGCUCACAGGGUAGCCCUCGUAGCUGGACAAAGGAUCCCUCGCACCAGAAAAACACCUCACUACAGACGAGACAUUGGAAACUGGGAAAAGACAAAUUCUGAAGACAAAAUACAAUUAUUUUUUAGUUCCAGGACUGAAAAGAACUGUUCCCAGAUCUUCACUAGACAUGCGUCCACAAUCUGCACCCCACAGCCUGCUCCUGCUGUUAACUGCAUUAGGUAAGUCAUUCUUUCAGGAAAUAGUUAGUAAUAUGUUGCCAUGAAAAUAAACAAAUCCAGAGUAUAAUAUAAGUAUAAAAAAAUAGCUUGGACAAAGUUUCCAUUUCAGCCAUUUGACCUAUUAUUGCAAAUUCACACUUUAUAUCUUCGACAGUGUAUAACAGGGUUUGUACUUAUACAGAUGUUUAUAAAAUUAUUAGUAAUUUAUCGUUGCAUUUUCCCUUAAGAUUUGUAUUGCUUUGUUUCAUCUCAGUUAAGAUCUGAGAGAAAAAGCUCAAGUCACCAUAUUAGUGUUUGUUAGUGUUUCUCUGCCGCAUUGUUAUCCAACCAGAUAUUUGUGCGAUGGAAAUAUUGAUCUUUCACAUGGUCGGUGUUUGAUAAUGUUAGGGAUUUGUGACAGCCAGCUCGCAAAAUAAAAACAUGAAGAUACAAAAAAAAAAAAUUCUUCAUUUUAAGGAGUUUUGUCCUAAAUUUGCUUUUCUUAACAUUAAUAUAGUUAUUAGUGAACUUACCAUAAAUCACUCUUUAUUGCAUGAACUUUAAAGUACAAUUAAUAAACAAUGAACACACAAUUUUUCAUAGCCUAAACGAUCAUUAUAUUCUACAUAUUUAAUUUCUUUCAAAUGACAUUAUAGAAGGAAUCCUAGAAUCAAAUGUAAAUAUUGCUGAUUGAUCGCACAUUGGGACUACAAUAUUUACCAACUCUAAACGAGCGUCCGCUCCCAAUAAGCAUCGAAAGAAGUGACAUUUCAAAGCUUUUGUUAUGUCAUAUUUGCACAAUAUUUUAUAUAUAUAUAUUUUAACAACGUUUGCAAAAUUAAGAUAGUAGUUAUUGUUAUUAAGCAGUUUUUAUCCAGACCAGGAUCAACGCAACCUGUGUUGUGCAGAAUGAAUUGGAUAUAAUUUAUAAAACCACGGUAAUGGCAUAUUCUAACAGUUAACGAAAAAGGCCCUCACUUUAAUUCAGUUUAGAUUGGCAUUGGAUACUAUGAUAAUAGGCACAGUCUGGCAUGCAAUGUAAAUUCAAAGUCCCCCAUGAUUCCCUGCAAGAGGUUUAUGACGGUGGGAAUGCAUGCAGGGACUCAUGGGACAGUACACUUUGUGCAAGGUAAAUCUCUGGAUACCUCACCCCAGUAAUGUUCUUCCUUUGGUGACUAAUAGAGGAAGUGAUGGUAUGAGAAUAAAGUCAGUUCCUCUUUAGCCCAGUUAAGACAUACACCACUGGUUGCAACAGGCAUUUUAUAUUGCUCAGAAUCCAGGAAAUUGCCCAAAAUAACUGUUUCUGCAGCAGUCUCAGUGUGAUGGGAUGAAUCUAAUGGGGGAUUGCUAGAUAUGUUUAAUUUAAUAAAUAUAAUAUUGCAGUUAGGAUCAUAUUUGCCACUAAGCCAACAAGGCCUCAGCAUACAGCAGCUAGUUGGAGGGAUCCCUCCAUGUAUUAAGCUGUCUGUUCCCAUUGCUGUGUGCCAGCCCCCUCCCCAGUAUCUCCUAUCCCCAGCAUGUUAUCCCCUCACAGUGCAGAAUAUACACCCCCACACUGCUGCCAAAAUACAGCUCACCUGAACAUCGAACAGAUACAGACAUUAUACAUACAUUCACAGACACACAUUAUACAUAUAUUAACAUACACACAGUAUGCAUACAUAUCAGUCACACACAUUAUACAUGCAUACAAAGACACACAGUAUACAUACAUUCACAGACACAUAGUAUACAUAGAUAUUAGUCGCACACUUAUAAAUACAUUCACAGACACACAGUGUACAAACAUAGCAGUCACACACAGUAUACAUACAUAUUAGUCACAGACUUAGACUUAAUACAUACAUUCACAGACACACAGUAUACAUACAUACCAAGCACACGCACUAUACAUACAUAUUAGUCACACACAUUAUACAUACAUUCACACACGCAGUAUACAUACGUAUCAGUCACACACACUAUACAUACACAUCACUCACACACACUAUACUUACAUCCACAGACACACACUAUGCAUACAUAUCAGCCACACACAUGAUAUAUACAUUCACACACACAGUAUACAAACAUAUCAAUCACACACAUGGUACACACAUUCACAGACACGCAGUAUACAUACAUAUCUGUCACACACACUAUACAUACAUAUCAAUCACACAUACGGUACAUACAUUCACAGACACAUAGUAUACAUACAUAUCAGUCACACACAUUAUACAUAUUCACAGAUACGCAGUAUACGUACAUAUCAGUCACACACACUAUACAUACAUUCACAGACACGCAAUAUACAUAUAUUCACAUACACAUAGUAUACAUACAUAUCAGUCACACUCAUUAUACAUGCGUACAAAUGAGCAAAUAUCCCCUGGGAGAAAAACCCCAGAGGGCACGAAAAUGGAAGUCCCUAGGGGAUCUGUAUGUAUAAAAUAUACCUUUUAUUGAGACAAUUAAAAAAUUAUAUAAAUCAUGAGUUAUAAAAUCGAAAAUAGAUAAAUAAACCAACUGAACCUAAAUUAUACUGGGCACGUGUAGAAAAUAAAGACACGCUUAAAUCGUGUUGCCGCUAUAAUAGCCGGGCGUAGCGACCACUUGUGACCGUUAUUCUUGUUAUUGGGAUCAGAACAUGUCGUUAGGUUGCUCUAAUGGUACCUGCAUCACGUAACAGACACAUGUAGUCUUGACUCUUGUAUAGCUGCUGAGUUAACUAUUAGCCAAUAUAACAGAGAAUGUGUUUAUAUGUCUUCUUUAAACUAUCAUAUACAGGUUUGAUGGAAAGCCUCGAUAUAGAGGAACUAUAUGCUCAUGCGUUAGCCUAGACUGUAGGUAUAGGUAUAGUAGGGUAGCUGAUCUCAAUGGAUUUUUAGUUUACACAAUACUGUGAGGGUUAUCCCCUUUAUGGUUGUCCCCACACACACUGUCUAGCUCCCCAUGAGGGAACUUUUUACAUGUGUACAAAGACACACAGUAUACAUACAUUCACAGACACAUAGUAUACAUACAUAUCAGUCACACACACUAUACAUAAAUUCACAGACAGACACUAUGCAUACAUAUCAGUCACACACAUAAUGCAUACAUUCACAGACUCACAAUAUACAUACAUUCACAUAGUAUACAUACAUAGCAGUCACACUUAUUAUACAUAUUCACAGACACGCAGUAUAUCCCUUGACCUUAAGAUGAAAUCAUGGAGACCUAAUAAGUAAUGACAGAAAUCUGCUGCCGUUUGAAUUUCACAAUGGCUGUGUUCUAGAGACAAUGAAAAAGAGGACACAUCUGACUGAUUUUGCAAUUAAGAACAUGAAUUUCACAUAAAAUAUGACAUAGAGGACAGAAACGGCUACAAACACUACAUUACACUGAGGCACCACUGACAGUCCUGUUUCCAGAGCAAUAUGAUGGUGUACUUUGUAUUGUCUGCAUUCACUGAUAAAAAAACAGUAAAAAAAUUAUUAAAAAGAAAUCCCAGAAACAAUUUAAUGACCACAUGACCCUCAGAGUGUCUCUCAGAGUGAGUGAGAGAAAGUCAAUGUGGCAGCAGUUCUGUGACUCAGCUCCCCAGUCAUGCCAAGAUGCCAGCUGGGAAACGCAGGACUGAGUCGGGGGAAGGACACAGUUUAUAAAACGGUUUUCAUCCAGUCUCUAGAUUUGCUAAUGAUUCUCUUUGCAAAAUCUGUAGAUAAAUGUUUGGACCUUUUCAAAGACAGUGAUCGAAAUUAUUCAAGAAAAUUAGAAUAAUAAAACGAUACGACAGUGACACAGCUCUGGUAUUUCUGUAUAAAGACAUUAUACAAACUAAAUGGACACAAUCUGAUGAGUCCGAUUACCUGCACAGUUAAAUGGCUUAAUUAAUCCACAUCACAUCUUUUUGGUAGAGAUACUUUGGUACUGGGGGCUCUAGACUGGUUUGCAUUUUCAGAUGGCUAUGGGAGUUAUUUGGUAUGUUAGACAUAUUAUACAUUCCUAAUAUCUUGGAUCUUUAACCCAACGCCCACACUCUAACCCUCCCGUAUCCUCUAACCCCAUUCUGUAACUUGAACCACUAACUGAAGCUUAACUAAACACCAUGUACCUCACACCAUCUAACCAGACAAAGUUAUCUCACUAAGACUGAGGUAACAAAAUGUCCUCUCGUGAAGUAUUAGACACGCACCCCAUAGUCGUUUCUCCAUUUUGGGAGCCUAAGAAUAAUGGAUACAGUGGAAAGAUCACUCCUUUGUUUGCUCUUAAUGAAGAUAAUUAUAUAUUUAUUUGGACAUUUCCUUUGUUUCUGUAUUUUGAGAUUUUUUAAAAUGUUUUUACUGGUGAUGUAUAUUUUCUCUUUGGAGGUAUUUGGGAAAUUAUCUCGUAAUGUUCCUACUAUUACAGCUCCUGCUGUAAUGUAUUCGUGAUUUAUAUGUUGGUUACAUUAACGUCAAGUGUGUGAUAAAGCUACACUCUUUGUUUCAGCCAAAAAUCACUUUAUUUUGGUUGGCGAUUACACGUUAGCCUGGUUUCUGCCUCACUUUAUGUACAAGUCUCUCCACCUUGUAAUACUAGGUCAACUGACCACAAACUUCCGGCCUCUCUGUGUCAGAACUCAUGGGUAUUUUUCUACUUCCUGCCAACUAGCUAGAAAUUUAAAGUGGACCUUAGUUUGUAUAGUUUAUCCAGAACUGCAGCUUCUUUAAUGUUGCCUUUCUAUAUAUUUUAAUUAUUGCACAUACUUUAAUUACUAAUUUUGUUUGUUUAAACUUUGUGUGAUUGUGUGUGUGUGAUUGUGUGUAUGACUGUGUGUUUAAGUGUGUAUGAUUGUGUGAGUGUGUGUGAUUGUAUAUGAUUGUGUGUGUGAGUUUGUGUGAUUGUGUGUAUGUAUGUAUGAGUUUGUGUGAUUGUGUUAUUGUGUGAUUGUGUGGGUGAGAGAGAGAGAGAGUUUGUGUAUGUGUGUGUAUGAUUGUGUGUGUGAGUUUGUGUGAUUGUGUGUGUGUGUGUGUGUGUGUGAGAGAGAGAGUUUGUGUGAUUGUGUGUGUGUGUGUGAGUGUGUGUAUGAGUUUGUGUGAUUGUGUGUGUGUAUGAGUUUGUGUGAUUGUGUGUGUGUGUGAUUGUGUGAGUGUGUGUAUGAGUUUGUGUGAUUGUGUGUGUGUGUAUUAAUUUGUGUGAUUGUGUGUAUGUAUGUGUGAGAGAGAGUUUGUGUGAUUAUGUGUGUGUGUGUAUGAGUUUGUGUGAUUGUGUGUGUGUGUGUGUGUGUGUGAGAGAGAGAGAGAGGUUGUGUGUGUGUGUUUGUGUGAUUGUGUGUGUGUGUGUGAGAGAGAGUUUGUGUGAUUGUGUGAGUGUGUGUAUGAGUUUGUGUGAUUGUGUGUGUGUGAUUGUGUGUGUUUGUGUGUGUGUGAGUGUGUGUAUGGGUUUGUGUGAUUGUGUGUGUGUGUGUAUUAGUUUGUGUGAUUGUGUGUGUGUGUAUGAGUUUGUGUGAUUGUGUGUGUGUGUGUGUGUGUGUGUGUGUGUGAGAGAGAGAGUUUGUGUGAUUGUGUGUGUGAGUGUGUGUAUGAGUUUGUGUGAUUGUGUGUGUGUGUGUGAUUGUGUGUGUGUGAUUGUGUGUGUGUAUGUGUGAAUUUGUGUGAUUGUGUGUGUGUGUGUGUGUGUGAUUGUGUGAGUGUGUGUAUGGGUUUGUGUGAUUGUGUGUGUGUGUAUUAGUUUGUGUGAUUGUGUGUGUGUAUGAGUUUGUGUGAUUGUGUGUGUGUGUAUGUGUGAAUUUGUGUGAUUGUGUGUAUGAUUUUGUGUGUCAGUGUGUGUGCUCGCAUUCGAUACACACUCUAAAAUAUAUAUUUCCAAAUGUUUAGGUUUUACUUUCUCCACUGUAAUCAAAACAUUUAAAUUAAACAACAUUUGUGUUUCUUUUUUAGGAGCUGCCUUUGGACAAGAUGGUGAGAUUGAUCACUUUAUGUAUAAAUAUUAUUGAGUUAUUAAUCUUUAGUGAUGGCACUUUUUUUUGGUUUGACUAGUGAAAAUGACCCAUAAUCAGCCAUUGAUUGUUGUAGAGCAGGGCAAGCAUAUUAAAGAGAACUAUAGGAACCCAGAGGGAAACAGGCGAGCCCUAGGCAAGCCCUAUUUACACUUGCAUGCCUACUCAGAUUUAGAACAUUGUAAAGUUGACAUAAAAUGACUAUAAAGACUCUGUUCUUGUGUUUCUUCUACAAGGCUGCUGUUCAGUUUGUGUUACUUACUGUGUUACUUUGUACUCAGCUUGUAGUGAAAUUAGUUUUUAACUGUUCUCAAAUUGAAAUGUUUGUGAAGCCAUCCUGACAUUGUUCAUUCCUUCCUUCCUGUUGAUGGAAAUCUUGUGGAGCAUGGCAUCCUGACAUUGUCCCUUCCGGUUGGUGGGAACCUUGUGGAGCAUUGCAUCCUGACUGUGGCUAACAUUACCUCGCCACGGACUCCUGGAGGAGCCUGCUUGCCAGCCUCCUGCCUCAGGACUAUGGGCCCUGCGAAAUACACUUUACCCUAUUCGUGUGAUUUGGGAUUAUAUUGUUUGGGAACCCAACAACCGCACAAACCAGAGUUGGGUUUAACCAGAGACUUGUUAAACCCAAUUGACACCUUCUAACUAGUUCCACCGCAGUGUUCUAAUUGUUCGUCUGGGUGGCCACAAUUCAUAUGAACGACCACAAGGUGAUGGCCAUCUUGUUCACAUGAAGGCAGGCAGUGGGGUUUGGUCGUCGAGUUCAUCGGACACUGAAACUCCCGAACGCCGCUGGACUUCCAUGAUCGCCUAUGGUGUAUGUUCGGUGGAAUCGUUACCACGAACAAGGUCAACAAGCUGCACAUGUUAUCUAUGUAUUCAGUUCAGUAUUUUAUGCACUUUUAUACUCCCAAAAGAGACCGACCGUUAGCACUGAUUUCAUGGAACUGUUUUGCCCAUAGGACCAUGUGUGCGGUCGGUCAAAUAAUUGACUUUCAUGGAAAAAACGAACCACUGAACCGAUCCGGGUUAUUUUUGGAUAUGUUGGUUACCCAGAUCGGGACAAUCCGAGAAUGUAAUUUGUGUGGGUUCUAUGAAUUUUGGGGUACUUUAGGGAUGUUUAUAAAUUGUAUGUUUUUUGUACCUCAGAGAUAAUUUAAUUGUAUGUUUGCUUCUCAGAUCAUUAUCUUUCAGGCACAAAGGAUUAUGGGAGGGAUUUCCCUGUAUUGUUGUAUUGGAAACCCCUUGCAGGGGCUUUUGCAUUAAAGGCUGUGUGUGGCCUCCAAUAAAACAAUUCACUCCCAGCAUUUAGUUUCGACUAAUAUCUGUGGGGGAAAGCUAUACGUGCUAUAAUCACUUGCUAUACUGCUCUUUAAAUUACUAUGCCUGGGAAUGGUGUGGCGGCUAAGGGGAUUACGGUGCUUAUGGUGUCUGGUGCGGUGCUUAUAGUACUCAGUGAUACUAGGAAGCAGCGAUUGGUGGAGGUACCCAGUCAGGGUGCCAGGCAGUCCGCCACACUGACAUUGUCCCUUCCUGUUAAUGGGAACCUUGUGGAGCAUUGCAUCCUGACAUUGUUCCAUCCUGUUUUUUGGGAACUCGUGGAGCAUGGCAUCCUGACAUUUUCCUUUCCUGUUGGUGGGAACCUUGAGGAGCAUGGCAUCCUGGCAUUAUCUCUUCCUAUUUUUUGGAAACUUGUGGAGCAUGUCAUCCUGGCAUUGUUCCUUCAUUUGGUAGGAACCUUGUGGAGCAUGGCAUCCUGACAUUGUCCUUUCCUGUUGGUGGGAAUCUUGUGGAGCAUGGCAUCCUGACAUUGUCCCUUCCUGUUGCUAGGAAUAAUGUGGCAGAAAUGAUACACAUUGUUCACAUACAAAUAUAUAUGAUGUCUGGAAAGGGACAAAUGGCAGCUAUAAGAUUUAAGGCUCAUGUCACAAGAGGUGUACUCCAACAAAAAAAACUAAUGCACAGAGUGUCUCAUCCUAACAAGAGUAAACAUAUUACUAGUCCUUAGAGUGGACAGGAGAAAUGUGGGAUAGUCUAGAACACAGUUUAAAAAAAACCCAAAAAAACAGACUAAAGCAUAAACAGUAACAGGGCAAGGUCAGGGAGUACAGAGAUAAAGAUAAAUAGUACCACGGCAAGGUCAGUAUCUCUGUGCUCCCUGACCUUGCCCUGUUACUGUUUAUCUAUAGCUCUGUACUCCCUGACCUUGCCCUUUUACUGUUUAUCAGUAUCUCUGCACUCCCUGACCUUGCCCUGUUACUGUUUAUCAGUAUCUCUGUACUCCCUGACCUUGCCCUGUUACUGUUUAUCUAUAGUUCUGUACUCCCUGACCUUGCCCUGUUACUGUUUAUCAGUAUCUCUGUACUCCCUGACCUUGCCCUGUUACUGUUUAUCCAUAGCUCUGUACUCCCUGACCUUGCCCUGUUACUGUUUAUCAGUAUCUCUGUACUCCCUGACCUUGCCCUGUUACUGUUUAUCAGUAUCUCUGUACUCCCUGACCUUGCCCUGUUACUGUUUAUCAGUAUCUCUGUACUCCCUGACCUUGCCCUGUUACUGUUUAUCAGUAUCUCUGUACUCCCUGACCUUGCCCUGUUACUGUUUAUCCAUAGCUCUGUACUCCCUGACCUUGCCCUGUUACUGUUUAUCAGUAUCUCUGUACUCCCUGACCUUGCCCUGUUACUGUUUAUCAGUAUCUCUGUACUCCCUGACCUUGCCCUGUUACUGUUUAUCCAUAGCUCUGCACUCCCUGACCUUGCCCUGUUACUGUUUAUCAGUAUCUCUGUACUCCCUGACCUUGCCCUGUUACUGUUUAUCAGUAUCUCUGUACUCACUGACUGUGGCAAACCUAGCCACUUGGACAUUAUUUAUAUACUGUCUCUUUAAGGGUUGCUCAUGUUAUGUGUUCCAACGUGUAAUGUAAUGUAAUGGUAAUGCUGUAUUUCCUGCCUGGGCUAUCUGCAGAUAGCAGAUUCUCUUUCGUUUCACGAACGGCACCUUUGCGGGACGUUCAGGAACCGAACAAACCAUCAGUUAAUAGCCCACACACUUAGAGGCGUGUGGCGCCUAUUAACCGAUUGCAACAAUGUUGCAAUCGGUAAUUAGAGGCUCUCCAAGGUGGCCGUCGUUCGACUACUGACCAUGCGGCGGUCGGCCAUCUUGGAUCCUUUGUUCCCUCAGCAGUGUUUGGUCAUCGAGCGCAUGGUACUAAAAACGGCUACUCGACGGCACGAACACCGCUGAGCUUCCAGGCCGUUCGGGAGGUCCGGGACGUUCGGUAUUCUGUUCCCUUAUAUACAAUCAGUGUUUUGAAGCUAUGUUUUAAUGAAUGUGUUUUUCGUGCGGCGUUCGGUUGUUUUAGCUGGGAUCUGAGCGGUAAUCUCACGAAUGAUGCGCUCAGACCCCAGCUAUCUACCGAACGUCCAUUCGUUUAAAUGGACCAGAUAUUCAUAAAGUUAUGUAAUUUAAUGCGAAUUGUAAGUUCUGCUGCACGGAGGGAUAAUCCACUUAACGGUACAUUCCUGUGGGAGGAUCCCUCUCGUGCAGCAGUGCCUGAUGGGAGAAAUGUCCUGUACAAUAAGUCCCCCAUGUAGUCCCCUCUGGGAAUGCCCCUGGGAGGGGACUCAGGAAACCCCUUGCAUGGGGACUUGUAUAAAUUGUGGAGCUGAAUUAAAAGACCUCAGUUGACUCCCAGCCUAUGUGUCGUCUAGUUCUUGGGAAGGAAGGGUUACUGCAGUGCUGUUUGGAUUAUUGUAUGCUGAUUCCCCUGGAUUAUCCUUUGUUGUUCCUGUUACCCAGCGGAGAUAUCGUGGAUUAUACUGCCUCUCCGCUACACUGACCUUGCCCUGUUACUGUUUAUCAGUAUCUCUGUACUCCCUGACCUUGCCGUGUUACUGUUUAUCAGUAUCUUUGUAUUCCCUGACCUUGCCGUGUUACUGUUUAUCAGUAUCUCUGUACUCCCUGACCUUGCCGUGUUACUGUUUAUCCAUAUCUGUUACUGUUUAUCAGUAUCUCUGUACUCCCUGACCUUGCCGUGUUACUGUUUAUCCAUAUCUGUUACUGUUUAUCAGUAUAUCUGUACUCCCUGACCUUGCCGUGUUACUGUUUAUCCAUAUCUGUUACUGUUUAUCAGUAUCUCCCUAGUUCCUGACCUUGCCAUGUUACUGUAUCUCCGUACUCCCUAAAUCUCUGUAACACGGCAAGGUCAAGGAGCACCUAGGCAUCAGGGUGUUUAAGUGGAGAGCCAAUAGGCAUAGCAUCAAAAUUGUUGCCACAAUUAUGCGCAGAAUUAAUACUCAUAUGUUGGCAACGGGAAGGCGCCUGAGACAUGACAAGUCCAAGUUCUGAACAUAGGGGCUGCAGUUACGGGGUUAGUGACUAGUAGGGAGUGAGGAGCUGUAGUAGGGGGUUAGGGGCUGUUGUUACUAAAUGGCUGUAGUAUUGAGGUAAGGGGCUGAAGUACAGGUUUGUACUUUUGUUUAUUGCAGAGUUUGUUUCAUUUAGAAUUCCUUAUCUCCUGCUCUGUUAAUAGCCUUCUAGACCCUUCAAGAGCCUCCUGUGUGUAAUUAAAGUUCAAAUUACAGAGCAGGAGAUAAAAAAGUUUUGAAGUAAGUUACAUCUGAUUGAAAACUAAACCAUUUUGUUUUCAUGCAGGCUGUGUCAGUCAGAGUCAGGGGAGGUGUGGCUAGGGCUGCAUAAACAGAAACAAAGUGAUUUAACUCCUAAAUGACAGAGAAUUGAGCAGUGAGACUGCAAGGGAAUGAUCUAUACACUAAAACUGCUACUUACCUAAUGACUCACCGUGGGGUGGGGAGUGAGGGCAUUGCUCUUUCUAAUUUAAUUUUUUCCAAAAACUGGAAUCUUUUUAGAAGAUAUUAUCUAGUAAAGCAGCUUUCCAUGUUCUUCAGUAAACACUGCAUGCUGACAUCUCCGGAGAUUAAACCAGGACCCAGUACAUGGCUAUAAUAAGUAUCCUCUCCGUCUUUCCUUGUUACACUGUAACGAAUGCACAACACAAUAAACCAUGCGUGUCAGGCUAUGACUGCAACACAUGGACAGGAAAUAUAUGGUUUGAUGAGUCACACAUGAUUCAUGGAGAUUAAAAAUCAAGAAGUGGUUCUCCUUCGCGUUUAUUCCCUAAAUUGUGCUUUACAGAACUAUUAAAAAUUGUUAAAAUAGAACACUAAAAUUAACACUUUGACAUUUAAUGACAUAAUCAAUUAUAAAAAAAAAACAUAAUGGGGGCGGGGCCUGACAGCCAAGAUGGCCGGUCGCACACUUCAAGAGCUCUCGCAACACAGGGCAUAAAAACGCUGACACCGAUCGACUCAAAAACCCAAGCGGCCCAUGGUGACCGAGAAUAGUCACAGCACAACCACACAAACAAAAUGAUACCUGUCCAGCACCAGCGGCCUGCCGAAAAGCCUACACCAGCCAUGCAGCCUAAACAGGAGUGGAACCUGAGGCCCAGGGGAGGCGGCCGAUCCCCUGGCACGGGAACGCUUUUACAAACAAAAGCUUACCUCAGCCCUGCUACCCCCCCUUUGGACCGGCGGGAGGACAUCCCGGUCCUCGCAGGGGACGAUUACCCCCAUACCGCUGUCUGACCAAGCGACACCACCCUCAACUAAGCGAGACCGAUUAGGCCUCACUGUGAUGGUGGCGCGGACGCAACCCAAGGCCAAGCAUAAAAUUAUUAAGCCACCCAGGGACACCCUGGAGUUCUUCCAUCAAUUAUGCACCCACCUAUGGAGGAGGCACAGUGCCCGCAAACAGCUCUACAAGCGAGGGAUAAGAGAGAUGGCGGCGUGGAUCCGCCCGACUACCCAGCGCCGCAUAUGGGGGAACCCCCCACGAGACGCCAAGGCGGCCUCCCAACGGAAACGAAGCCAAAACUCAAAUGGGCCGGAGGGGGCAACGAGCACACCGGACUCCAGCAUUCAGGACCCCAUGCUCCAGAGUAACUCCCGCCGGGGUGCCCGACCGGUCUACCACCCAAUGGCCCCAGCAACCUGCGACAGGCAGGGAAUCCCCAUGCCACGGGCUAUUUAAAAACCUUACCAGAACGCCGACCAGGACAUAGCGAGAUUGCUUGCUGUCAGGCGAACCCAGCAGAGAAUUCACCAACGGCUCAGCAGAGCAGGCAUCGGCUGACCUUGGACAACCCUACAAGCUGAGGCCCGGACACCUCUUCCACGUACCGGAGGGGAUGCCGGAGCAACAAUAUGGACUCACAGAACACCGGGCUACACUGCCCCACAGACCCCUCUCUCAUUAUAACACCGCAUACGAUGCUGGCGAGCCGUGAGUUGGGAGCGCAAGCUCAAGCGAAAUCCUCCUUAUACCUUGCCCUGCCAAGCAAAGCAUAUAGUUUAAUAUGGACUUAACAUUGGUUUUCUGCUACCCUAAUGUGCUACUUAGGCAGGUGCCUUUCAACGCUAGCCUGCUUCACAUAAGCUAGCGAUAUUCUAAUGUACUUUAAUGUAUUCAAUCACCAUGCCUAGCUAGCCUCCCCGAGUUAAUGUAAAUAUAUAAUCCAGCCUAGACAGGAGGAACUAGCCUGCUCCAACUUGAGACCUACCUUACUUUUAAUCUACUGUUACCUAGUUUAGCGCACUUAAUACUACACUCACUGAAUAACCAUGUGUAGCCAGACUCUAGGAAGGGAGUGUUUAACCCUGUCUAUCCCAGUUGCAUACAACCUCGUCCUAGACUGAUUGUUACUCCCAUUGCCAAUGAAGUUGUCUCAUGCUUUGAAAGAGACCAAGUAAUGAAAAUACACACUGUUUUGUAAUCGAUAUAAUCAUAUAUAUGUAUAAAAAAAAGUGCUAGAUUUAACAUGUACCUCUAUGCUAUACUGUUUGAAUUGCGCUAGAGGAUUGCCUUUGGGGUACCUCACAAGCGCCUGUUACAACCUUACACACUACAAAAAUAAAGAAUUAAAAACAAAACAAAAAAAAAACAUAAUAAUCCUGACAACGGUGUAUUAACACGCCGAAACGUACGUUGGGGUUCAUUUUUUGUUUUAUUUAUUUCACCUUUGUUUCACAUUUUGGUAGCACUAUGCACAUUUGAGUGAAAUUAUCUUUGAGGGAUUUUUGGUGCAGGUAGGCACUAGCCUUGUGCGGUGCCAAGGUAAAUAGGGACAAGAAGUGUAUGUGCUGAUUUUUACCCCUAGACCAGUAGGGAAUAUUUUUUAUGCUAUGCCCCUUGUCCCUAUUCAUCUAGAUAUAUACCACUAGGCUUUCCUUAAUAGGAUUUUUAGCUCAUUUUUUCUAGGGCCCUUUGAUGGAGACUAUGUUACCCUUAUGUUAGGAUUCCUCUCUUCCCUGUUUACUCUUAGAGCUGCUGUUCCUCUAUCCUUUAUUUUGGAUUACAUGGUAGGAGCCGGCUACCUCCCAUCCUUAUCUCCUCGGCUAUUACCUGCCCGAACACAAUGAUAUCUAUUUAUCCAGUUCUCAGAUGCACUUACAACCUUGGUAGAUGAAUGUCCCCUUGCUGAUCCAUUAGCUCAUUCGUUGAUAUUAAUAAAUGUUGUGUUUUUUUGCCAACAAAUGGCCUGGGAAUAAAUACAUAAAAGAUCAGGAGAUACAGAUGUAAAGCAGAGCAAUGACUGUUUAAGUAAACUAUGACCUAAUCACCUGGCAGUAAGCAUGAACACUUACCUACACUCAUUUACAGACAUUUUACCCCAACGACAGACUACUCAAUGUUACUAUGUAACAUCUUAUUAAAGGUUCUCCCUCUUUACUGGACCAUUUUUAUCUGUUACUUGGAAGGACCCUCCACCCCACGCAGUAACACAGGUAUGUGUUUCUAAAUUAGAGUUUGUGUCCUCUUCCUCAGGAUGUGGUGACUGCUUACGGCUGGACUCUGGUGCGGUUAUUGGAAUUGUCAUCUGUGAUGUCAUUAUCACGGUACUGAUUGCGCUCACUGCGUAUAUUGUUUCAAAUAAAAUCCAACAGCGCAAACAGCUGGGUGAGUGAGAGCAAAUUUUAUUUAAAAUAUGGAUUGAUUAAACUAUACUAGCAUUGUGUUUUGUACUUAUGAUGCUGAGCGACACAAAAUGCGUGGGGUUAUGACUUUGUUUCUGUUUAUUUUGUAGUACUUAUCACUAAAGAUAAAUUAUUAUUUUCUACUUUUUAUUAGUAUUACUGACACUGCGAGGCUCAAUCCUUCUUACUACAUGUUUAAUAAUAUCUCUUAUUACAUGUUUAAUUAUAUCUCUUAUUAAAUGUUUAAUAAUAUUUCAGAAGAGGCCAGCAUUUACAGCCGUCCUCGACAGGAACUGACUAGUUCCUAAUUUUCUUUUUUUGUAAAUCAAGGGCCAAGAUUAUUCCCAAUGGGAAUUUAACUGGUUUCCAUGGUAACUUCCCUUACGUUUCACUUUGCUCCCAGAAUAGCAAUUGUUUCUGGUUUGAUAAAUACGGCUCGAGGUUGAUAAAAGUUGUCUGUUUGGGAACAGCAAUGAGAUAAGAGCAGAUAUUAAACAAUGUUUUAUCACAUUUUAUUUUCCAGAACGGAAGACUUCUAAGAAAAAUGAAACAGAGACAAAUGACCGAACAUACGAGGUGGGUUUUUUGGUGGUCACACAGUCACGGGGUGAUUUACCUAAAGUGAGAAUUUAAAGUGAAUUUCAACUGGUCAAAGCAUGUUAGCUAUGUUUCAUGUUCAUCUACUUUGAAUUGUCACUUUUGUAAAUAACUAAUAAGAUUUGUGUAAUUUCGUCACUAGUAUUUGGUGUCAGUCGGAUAUGUACUUUGAGCCAUAUGUUAACUGAAAACUAAUUACCGGUACUAUAAUUAUGUUCAUACUAAUUGAUAUAUCCCUCAUGUGUUUCAGCUACACAAUAUAAAGCAACGUGUUUUCUAUCAGUAUUUUAUCUGGCGCAGAUCUCUUUAUUAGUCAAAUCCCUCCCUCGCAAAGUGUAUCUGCAUGUGCACUGUGUAUUACGUACAUCUCGUGACUCCUGUAUGUGAAGAGUUAAAAGGAAAUUUAUCAAAAACGCCCCAUUAUUGUCCUUUCCAAGAUUGAAACAUUUUGCAGAAGAAACCUUGCGCCCUCCACUUCCCUAACAAAUGCAACAAAUGUAUCUGUUGCCAAACAGCAUUUCUUCUGCUACAAAUACAAAGAUUCUGUCCUUCACCUGCUGUUCAAGGUCAUGCUGGGCCCGAGAAUCCUGUCUCCCACGAGUCCAGGACACACAGGAACCCCACAUUCUGUCACUUACUAUUCUAGGACACACAGGAACCCCCAUAUACUGUCACUCACUAUUCCAGGACACGCAGGAACCCCCACAGCCUGUCACUCACUAUUCCAGGACACACAGGGACUCACACACCCUGUCACUCACGAUUCCAGGACACACAGGGACCCCCACACCCUGUCAUUCACUAUUUCAGGACACGCAGGGACCCCCACAGCCUGUUACUCACUAUUCCAGGGCACACAGGGACCCACACACCCUGUCACUCACUAUCUCAGGACACGCAGGGCCCCCCACACCCUGUCAUUCACUAUUCCAGGACACGCAGGAACCCACACACCCUGUCACUCACUAUUCCAGGACACGCAGGAACCCACACACCCUGUCACUCACUAUUCCAGGACACGCAGGAACCCACACACCCUGUCACUCACUAUUCCAGGACACACAGGGACCCACACACCCUGUCACUCACUAUUCCAGGACACACAGGGACCACCACAACCUGUCAUUCACUAUUUCAGGACACACAGGGACCCCUACAGCCUGUUACCCACUAUUCCAGAACACACAGGGACCCACACACCCUGUCACUCACUAUCUCAGGACACGCAUGGCCCCCCCACACCCUGUCACUCACUAUUUCAGGACACGCAAGGACCCACACACCCUUUCACUCACUAUUGCAGGACACGCAGGGACCCACACACCCUGUCACUGACUAUUCCAGGACAGCCAGGGACCCCCACACCCUGUCAUUCACUAUUCCAGGACACGCAGUAACCCCCACACCCUGUCACUCACUAUUCCAGGACACGCAGGGACCCCCACACCCUGUCAUUCACUAUUCCAGGACACGCAGGAACCCACACACCCUGUCACUCACUAUUCCAGGACUCGCAGGAACCCACACACCCUGUUAAUCACUAUUCCAGGACAGCCAGGGGCCCACAUACCCUGUAUUCCAGAUACAUAGUGACCCCCACACCCUGUCAUUCACUAUUUCAGGACACGCAGGGACCCCCACAGCCUGUUACUCACUAUUCCAGGACACACAGGGACCCACACAUCCUGUCACUCACUAUCUCAGGACACACAGGGGCCCCCACACCCUGUCACUCACUAUUCCAGGACACGCAGGGCCCCCCACACCCGGUCACUCACUAUUUCAGGACACGCAGGGACCCACACACCCUGUCACUCACUAUUCCAGGACACGCAGGGACCCACACACCCUGUCACUGACUAUUCCAGGACACGCAGGAACCCACACACCCUGUCACUCACUAUUUCAGGACACGCAGGGACCCACACACCCUGUCACUCACUAUCUCAGGACACGCAGGGCCCCCCACACCCUGUCACUCACUAUUCCAAGACACGCAGGGCCCCCCACACCCGGUCACUCACUAUUUCAGGAAAUGCAGGGACCCACACACUCUGUCACUCACUAUUCCAGGACACGCAGGGACCCACACACCCUGUCACUGACUAUUCCAGGACAGCCAGGGACCCCCACACUCUGUCACUGACUAUUCCAGGACAGCCAGGGACCCACACACCCUGUCAUUCACUAUUCCAGGACACGCAGGAACCCCCACACCCUGUCACUCACUAUUCCAGGACACGCAGGGACCCUCACACCCUGUCAUUCACUAUUCCAGGACACGCAGGAACCCACACACCCUGUCACUGACUAUUCCAGGACAGCCAGGGACCCACACACCCUGUUUAUCACUAUUCCAGGACAGCCAGGGGCCCAAAUACCCUGCAUUCCAGAUACACAGUGACCCCCACACCCUGUCAUUCACUAUUCCAGGACACGCAGGAACCCACACACCCUGUCACUCACUAUUCCAGGACACGCAGGGACCCUCACACCCUGUCACUCACUAUUCCAGGACACACAGGGACCCACACACCCUGUCACUCACUAUUCCAGGACACGCAGGAACCCACACACCCUGUCACUGACUAUUCCAGGACAGCCAGGGACCCACACACCCUGUUUAUCACUAUUACAGGACAGCCAGGGGCCCACAUACCCUGUAUUCCAGAUACACAGUGACCCCCACACCCUGUCAUUCACUAUUCCAGGACACGCAGGGACCCUCACACCCUGUCAUUCACUAUUCCAGGACACGCAGGAACCCACACACCCUGUCACUCACUAUUCCAGGACACGCAGGAACCCUCACACCCUGUCAUUCACUAUUCCAGGACACGCAGGAACCCACACACCCUGUCACUCACUAUUCCAGGACACACAGGGACCCACACACCCUGUCACUCACUAUUCCAGGACACGCAGGAACCCACACACCCUGUCACUCACUAUUCCAGGACACGCAGGGACCCUCACACCCUGUCAUUCACUAUUCCAGGACACACAGGGACCCACACACCCUGUCACUCACUAUUCCAGGACAGCCAGGGACCCCCACACCCUGUCAUUCACUAUUCCAGGACACGCAGUAACCCCCACACCCUGUCACUCACUAUUCCAGGACACGCAGGGACCCUCACACCCUGUCACUCACUAUUCCAGGACACACAGGAACCCACACACCCUGUCACUGACUAUUCCAGGACAGCCAGGGACCCACACACCCUGUUUAUCACUAUUCCAGGACAGCCAGGGGCCCACAUACCCUGUAUUCAAGAUACACAGUGACCCCCACACCCUGUCAUUCACUAUUCCAGGACACGCAGGGACCCUCACACCCUGUCAUUCACUAUUCCAGGACACGCAGGGACCCUCACACCCUGUCAUUCACUAUUCCAGGACACACAGGGACCCACACACCCUGUUUAUCACUAUUCCAGGACAGCCAGGGGCCCACAUACCCUGUAUUCCAGAUACACAGUGACCCCCACACCCUGUCAUUCACUAUUCCGGGACAUGCAGGGACCCUCACACCCUGUCAUUCACUAUUCCAGGACACGCAGGAACCCACACACCCUGUCACUCACUAUUCCAGGACACGCAGAGACCCUCACACCCUGUCAUUCACUAUUCCAGAACACACAGGAACCCACACACCCUGUCACUCACUAUUCCAGGACACGCAGGAACCCACACACCCUGUUUAUCACUAUUCCAGGACAGCCAGGGGCCCACAUACCCUGUCAUUCACUAUUCCAGAUACACAGUGACACCCACACCCUGUCAUUCACUAUUCCAGGACACGCAGGGACCCUCACACCCUGUCAUUCACUAUUCCAGGACACGCAGGAACCCACACACCCUGUCACUCACUAUUCCAGGACACGCAGGAACCCACACACCCUGUCACUGACUAUUCCAGGACACACAGGAACCCCCACACCCUGUCAUUCACUAUUCCAGACACACAGGGGCCCACACACCCUGUCACUCACUAUUCCAGGACACGCAGGAACCCACACACCCUGUCACUCACUAUUCCAGGACACGCAGGGACCCCCACACCCUGUCAUUCACUAUUCCAGAUACACAGGGACCCCCACACCCUGUCAUUCACUAUUCCAGAUACACAGGGACCCCCACACCCUGUCAUUCACUAUUCCAGGACACACAGGGACCCACACACCCUGUCACUCACUAUUCCAGGACACGCAGGAACCCACACACCCUGUCACUCACUAUUCCAAGACACGCAGGAACCCACACACCCUGUUUAUCACUUUUCCAGGACAGCCAGGGGCCCACAUACCCUGUAUUCCAGAUACACAGGGCCCCCACACCCUGUCACUCACUAUUCCAGGACCAGUAAAUGGAGAAAGACAUUUCUGACGAAUCUCACAUUAACAUAUAACAUGCUAAUAUGAUCUCUGUCUGCCAUGGAUGUAAGAACCCCAAAUUGUCUGAUGUGGGAAGUGCCAUUUACCUCCACAUCAUACGCCCACUCCGUACACCUAUUUAGUUGCUAAUUACCCCCAGACCCAUUGUCUAACACUAAGUACUAGGAUGAUUUUAUUUUUCUUUGUAUUUUGUUUUAGGAACUUCGUGGGCAGAGACUUGACAUCUAUAAUGAUAUGAGAAGUGCGCGCAGCUAAUCCUUGACUGCGUCUUGUGACUACAAGUGUCCAGAGCUUCAUCAAAUGGACGUAACAGAAGGAUGAAAGCAAGAACAAUGCACACUGUAAAAUCAUAGUGCAGCCUUCACAACUAAAAGCUUUACCUGCUCACAGCUUCUCAUCAUUAGAGAAUAUCAUCUGAAAUCAUAAUGCUUCUCUCAUGUCCCAAUAUUUAUUGUUAAGUGACCAAACUCUUUUCUUUUUGCAAAUUCUUGAAGACCCCUAAUCCCCCAAUCCGGUAUAUAUAACCCCCUAAUAAUUACUUACAGAUUUGAUGGUUUUGCCAGUCGUUUGGUACAUUUUAUAUAAUUCUAUGUCUGGUUAGGUGGUCCCUUUUGUCCCAAUUCAUUAAAGUGACUAUUUCAAGAGAGAUUUGCAUUUUAGUAAUUGGUUUAGGUUCAAUCUGGCAGCCAGGAUGCGUUCCCGAAUAAGUCAUCUUUAUUUUUUUAUUGUUAAUGGGAAGAAGGGGGCAACUUGCAGCUGAAUGUGUUAAGGAACACACCACGCAUUUAAAGGAAGUAUCAUUUUUUAAUGUUGGAUUGUUCCAUUAAUGAUUUAUAAUUUACUUUGUUACUAUAUUCUGCCUUUCUUAUAGAGGCCUGUAUUAUUGUUAAUCUAUAGAAUAAAGGUACUAUAUAGAAGUUGUGCUACUGGAGUAAGUUUGGGGCAGCCUUGCUACUGUACCAACCGCUUCGGUCUAAAAUAAAUACAUUUUACCUGCAAUCGGAAAACAAUGCCGGACUCCAAAUGUGGGGUGGGUGCCCAAUGCUUCUAUGAUAAGUAUGUAAAAAGUCAUUAUUGUGAUGACAUCACAGGAGGUGGAUUGGGCUUAGACAAGGAGACUGUCCUGAGGAUUUAUGGUGUCUUUAAUAUAUAUAUUUUAAAGGUGGGGGCAGUAUUAUAAAGUCAUAAAAAAAAUGAAAUAAAAUUAAAAUAAAAUAGAAAAAUAUGCAUACAUUAAAUAUGGUGCUGUGCUGGGGCCAAUUAAUACAGCACACGAGAUCCAGCACACUCACUCACUAAACACCAGCUCCAAAGCUCAUAAGAUGUAACAGUUUUAAAAAACAAACAAAAAAGAACUGAUGCAGGUAAAAAUAAUGGUGAUUUAGUAAAUAAAAUAGAAAAAAAGAAAAAUAGAAAAAUUUUGUAAUGGUGAUUUAGUAAAUAAAAUAGAAAAAUAUGCAUACAUUAAAUAUGGUGCUGUGCUGGGGCCAAUUAAUACAGCACACGAGAUCCAGCACACUCACUUACUAAACACCAGCUCCAAAGCUCAUAAGAUGUAACAGUUUUAAAAAACAAACAAAAAAGAACUGAUGCAGGUAAAAAUAAUGGUGAUUUCGUAACAGUAUUUGGUCAUACAUUGCACAAGCCUGCCACAACAGCAAUGUACCCCGGGUUUGGCAACUUCUGUAUAUUUUAUUAGAGUGUUCAUUAAAAACCUGAGAGAAGAGAACUAAACAUGAAGAAAAGGCACCGCGUUCCUAAACUCGACUUUUCUUAUAGUGGAACCAAAAUAAUUGUUACGGGCUGUAAGGGUUAAAACAGCACAUUUGAUAUAUUUACAUACAUUGUUUUACACGAUAUGGGAUUCCGCAUGUUUAAAACUUUUAAACUUUAAUGUUUAAAACUUUUCUGUAAAUUACAAUAAACAAAUACUUGGAAAAUGAAAAGUGGGAACAUUUACAUAAUUAGAUUUAUGCCAUAAAUGAACUGCUAUGUGAAUCUAAUUUCAAAUUUCCAUUUUGUUCUAAGAUACGUUGACUGUGUUCAUUUGCUUCACAUAACUGUUGUUUUUUUUAAAUUGGUAUUGAAUAUUAAAGAGAUUAGAAGUGUUGCAUUUUUCCUGCGUUUUGUUUUACUGCUAUUUUACUGGUUAUAAGAUUGUUUUCAAAAUGUGUUAUUUUAUAAAUGCAG